AUGUUCACCAACCGCAUUGAAACAACAUGCUGGAAUUGCUUUUUUUUUUCACGUUUAAAAAAAAUAUGUUUCAUCAGUUGCAGCGUUUAUCCUUAUCUAAAAUUGCCUGAUUUCUUUUAACAGUCACCUUAAAAUUUCUUAAUCGAUCAAUCGUAAAAAGUUUGGAAGUCACAUAAAAAUUGCUUCAUCUUUCUAAAAUGAAGAACUUUUUAAAAAUCUCAUUAACAAUCUUGAGACUGAGACGGAAUAAUGUAUUCAUUUUAUAAUUUCUCAAUAAUUUAGUUUCAUCCUCAAUGAAAAACAAUGCUUUUCUUGCAAAACUCAGGACACUUUCUUUGUUGCAUGGAUGUUCAGCUUUGAAAAGCUGAAAAUAAUUAUUUAAAAAAGAUUUGCACAUAUUUAAGUCGCAGUGAGAGGUGCGCUUCUUCGUUGCCUCAUUAAUGUGGUGUGUUUAAUUAUAAACGUCGGUAAAUCAUGCAUGAAACACAUUAUAUCAGUACAUAACGUAAUCUAUACGUCUGCUGACGUAAUUGUGCUCCUUCCGCAAGGGCCCCUUACGCUGCGUUGCUAAGCAACCGCUUAAAACAACCAAGCGGAAUCGUCUCGUGCUUGAAUUGAAUUCAUAAGAUAUAAAGAAACGCGAAUAGCGAAUGGAGCGAGAGUUAGACGAGGACGAGUUGCAGGAUUUGUACGCGUGGAUAGAUAAAAUUCGUCUUUCAAGACCAAAAAGAAACAUCGCCAAUGACUUCAGCGAUGGAGUGAUGGUGGCUGAGGUCAUCAAACAUUUCUUCCCAAAGAUUAUCGACUUGCACAACUACACUCCUGCCAGCUCCACUCAGCAAAAACUCAGCAAUUGGAACCUCCUUAACAGGAAGGUGUUUUCCAAGCUGAACUUCCACGUACCUGAGAAGUCAGUGAAGAAGAUUAUACUGCGAUCUGCGGGGGUAAUCGAGAGUGUGCUGAGCGGCCUCAGAGAGAAGAUACAACAGAAGUUGGACCAUAAGCUACACACCAUAUCAGAUUUGGAAUACUAUGACACCAGGAACCCAGAGAAAACCCUCACAGAGUUUAGUCAGUGUGAGGCCCGAUAUCUGUCCGAGAUGGUACGUGAGGAGGUGAAACGGGAUGACAAAUUAAAAAUGGAGACAAGCAAACUACAACACACAGCUCAGUUUUACUCCAACAUGGACCCAGCGGUGCGCCAAAUUCUAAAGGAAAAAGAGCAUGCAGCCAUGGCUUUGCAGGAGACAGUGGAGAUCCUGCAAAUGAAGGUGAGCAAGUUGGAGCGCCUGAUACAGCUAAAGGACAUGCGGAUAGAUGACAUGAGGCACAAUCUGGAGAUGUGUACCUGUCUGAAAGGAAAGCACACAGAUUCUAAACCCAACAGCAUUUAAGCACUGAAAAGCAAUACUUUUAUUUGCUUAUCUUCAAUUCAUCCCUUACAAAAAAAAAGGUCUCAUAUAUUUCACGGUCAAAUUUUUUUCCCCUAUUGGAAAUAAUGGAAAUUUUAAUAAUUUUUUCAUCUCACAAAAGUGAAAAAGAAGUUACUCUGAAAUGGCAUAAGCCAGAAAGUGACCCAUGUAGUAGCAAGUCAGUCAGCAACUAGCGAUGGUAGUAGCUAGCUAACAUCAGCAGUUGACUUCACUGCUCGGACAUUAAUUCUUUUCAGCCUUAUAAUCUUUUCUUGUUGAGUCUGGUUAAGGAUUUUUGGAAUAUUAAAAAAAAAAGCCUCAGAAUGACAAAAGAACAAAAACAGAGUUACCGGUAAUCAUUUGAUGCGAGAGGAACUGAGCAUUGGUAACACUUAGGACAUUUCCAGAAAAAUGUUGUGACAUAUCACCAUCUGUUUUUUUUGUGUUUUUUUUUUUUUUAAAGGAGAACACUGAGAAUUUUGUUGGCUUUAGUACAAAAGUAUUAGUCCAAAAUUGACUGAUUAAAUUGUCACGAGAACACAAGUUCAGUAACUCUUGUAGGCUGACUAAAUUGUCGCGAGAACACAGGUUCAGUAACUCUUAUAGGCCAAAAUCGGCCGAACUUAUUUGUGGUCAGGUAUAAACUUAAGUAUCCGACAACAAUAUAAUAGUAAUGGAUUUAAAAUAUACUGCAAGGGAUCCUUCUUCAUAGUCACAUAUAGUAAUUUUAGUACAUUGUAUUUAAGAUCUAACAAGUCAAGAAUACUUAAACAUAACACGAAUGUAGUCCGGUUCUAGAAUAGAGAUUAGAUUAGAGAGAUAGAAGAUUUCUCGAAUGCAUACGUUAUUCAUCCAUAAAAUGCUGAAAAUUAUUUUUGAGUUACAAUUAAUAGUGAAUUCAAUUUUUUUUUUAUAAGGGAAGACUAUAAAAUACACCAGCAACUUUAUUUGUUGUAUCUAUUUAUCAAAGAUUUAAGUAAAGGAGAUUUACUGUACAGUAUAUUUAUUUGCCUUUAUUGUGAUUUACUAAGACUGUAGAGAGUAUUGAGUUGAUGCAUUUUUUUAUGAAGUCCCGCUCUGCGUGAAAUCUGAAUGUGCUUUUUUUUUUUAACAUAUCUGCAAUCCUUUGUACAGCUUGUACCGUCUGACCACCCCGUGCUCAAUAAAUUGUCUAACUGCUUUAUUU